UUCAAAUCCGGAACUAAAACUGUUUCGCAGUAGUCACUUUUCUGUAUUACAUUUUUCUGCUACAAUUUUAUGUAAUGUUUGUUGUAUUUUAUUAUUACAGUUUGUGAUCGUAUGUAUGUCGAGUCCACCCCGUGUCAAAACUAGAUAUGUCUGUUACAUCGUGUUUGGCUGAAAGAUGGAUUGAGGAGAGUAACACCAUCAUUAAAAAGUGGAAGGAAAAUGAAAAACUUCGCGGGCAACUUCAAGACAUAAAACACUGUUAUGCACAAUGCCUCAAACUGCAUCAGAAAAUUCAAGGUGUGCCUGCCGUCAGACAACAGGUCGAGCUUGAAUUCGCUGUUUCAUACAACACCCUCUUAUUUUCACUGACCAACUCCAAACCAAACGAAGUAAAUGACCGGCUUACUUGUUGUCUAAUAAGAGCAUUAGAGGCUGUUGGUUUUCCGGUGCACUGUUCUGAUCAGGUUACAUUAUGGCAAACUGUGCUCAAGACCUUUAAUGGUAAAGAACAUCAGACCUGCAUCCACAAGCUUCUGUUAAUCCAGUGGGCGAUCUGGCUCUCACAAUGUCAAUUUGAAGGAAUUCUUCAACUGCUACAGAUGAUUAACCCCAAAAUCACACCAUCAGGGGAUCUGCUUGCAGAGAUCCGAAACCUUACCUUUUCAGUAAAAGAUGACACCUCUCUACUGGUUGCUAUGGCAGCUGAGGACCUCAAGGGCCUUUUGCACAUCUGCACUUUUAUCUCCAAAGGACUGGAGAAGAUGAAGACUGGGAAUUACCCGGAGGCCCUACAGGAUUUUCAGGAAGCUGGGACUCUGUCUUCACCCAGAGCUCUUUUGGCCCAUGUCCACACUCUCAUGGGCCUUUGCUAUGCUAAGCUGGGACGACCCCAGAGUGCCCUCCAGUGUUACAGAUUAGCCUUGGAGGUGGACUUCAGCUGUCAGCGGGCACUGUAUCAGAGCGCUCUGGUGUAUAAACAGUUGGGUAACAGUCAUGCUGAAAUAGAGGCUCUGCGUCUGCUUCACUCUGCUACAUUGUUGCACCCUGAGAGAAAUUCACUAAGUGAACCAGUCCCCCUCAUAUCUCCGGAUAUGCUGCUUGGUAGUGAACAGAUGGCUUUUAUUAGCCAAAUACCCUCUCCUGUUCACAUACUUCACAUCCUGGGACAUACAUGUGUUCUCAAUGACAGGAAUUCAGAAGGUGCUGAGUGCUACCUUGACCUUUUGGCUUCUUUACAGUCACACUCCACUCUGCAUAUAUCCACAGAGCAUGGCCUACCUUUUCCAAGAAUUCCUAUGAUUUACCUUGAAGCAGCAUUUGCAAUGUUAAAAGCCAAAAGGUUUUGGGAUGGCCUUGCCAUUUGUGAAGAGGUCAUUGCCAAGACUGCUGACCUCAUCCCUGAGAGAUUAUUUCUAGAGCCACCCAUGGUAACUCACCAGUUAACUGCCCCCAUAGAGCUUUCAGCUAGAAGUUUGGAACCUGAUCCUACAAAGGAGACAUUGGACCGUGUCCUCUGGUCUGGGUCAGCUUACUUCCUUCAAGGCUGGGCAUAUUUGCAGCUCAAAGACACAAAGGCGGCACUAACCAAUUUUACCAGAGCUAUCAAUCAACUAGUGAAAGUAUGUUUUAAACAGAAAAACUGUACAGAGAAAGGUCAAGAGGAGGAAGGAGUCUUCAGCGAUCAAAUGGUGAUGCUGGAGACUCUGAAGGGACAGGCGCUCACUGGCCGAGGCCUGUGUUUUGUAGAGAGAGGCCAGCUAAUGGGGGCCUUGAGAGAUUUCCAGCUCAGUCUUCAGACCUCCCCAGGAUGUAGCAACACAGAAAUGUGGUUGGUUGAGAUUUUGUGGAGGCUAGAUCGCAAGGAGGAAGCAGCAGCUAUGUGGAGACAGAUCAAAAAAUGUACAGAUUCAUCUACGUCAGUAGACCUACCCUUGUAUCUGCAAGCCUGGCAGGAGGUUGCAAAAUAUCAUGGCCACAGCAACCUGCAUAAGAAAAUGGAGGCAUUCAUUCAUAGUUGUGGUACAACAGCCUAGAAGCAUCCAAUACUACUACUACUACUGCUAAUAAUAAUAAUACUUUUGUUGUUGUUGUUUAAGAACCUUGCCCCUUUUCCCCAUUUUUAGGAUGUCCCACAAUUCUCACAUCUGAAUGUACAUGUACACAAAAAAUAAAACAAUUUCAUGAAAUA